ACAAAUUCCGGGAGCUCCUUCGCGGAUUCAAGCCACCGUUGCCGUGAUGCCUGCAAGUUCCCUUUUCCCUAGGGCGCUGGAAAUGAAGCUCCUCCAUGAUUCCCCCGCUAGUUUCUUUCGCUGAGGCCUGGAAAGAGAGAGAAGCGGCAGCACGGAUCUGCCUGCAGGAACUCGGAUUCCGGUCGCAGCCGGGCUUGUCGCAGCCGGGGAGCCAUCGAUCGCAACCGGGGCGGCCGCUGCUGAUGACAGCCGGGAAAACCCGCUAAGGUCAGCGCAGCCCCGGCAGCCGCGAGCAGGGCGUGGGAGCCUCGUGGAAGUUCGCCGGGUUGUAUUUAUAGCAGGCGGUGGAAACAGGACCGUGCUGUGCCCAAACUCGGCGAGGAGAGUCGAGAAGAGGGAUCCGUGGCAAAGCGAAAGGUGGCUGCUGGUUGCGGGGCUGAGAAGUUGGAAGAUGGCCAAGGACUUCCGCUACUACUUUCAGCAUCCUUGGUCCCGUUUAAUUGUAGCUUACCUGGUUAUCUUCUUUAACUUCUUAAUAUUUGCUGAGGAUCCAGUCUCUCACAGCCGAACAGAGGCCAAUGUUAUUGUUGUUGGCAACUGUUUUUCGUUUGUGACAAAUAAAUACCCGGAGGCAAAAGGCUGGAGGUUUUUAAAAGUCUUCCUUUGGCUACUGGCGAUCCUCACAGGAAUGAUAGUUGGCAAGUUCCUCUUUCAUCAGCAUCUGUUUGGUCAAUUGUUUCGACUGAAAAUGUUUCGAGAGGAUCAUGGGUCAUGGAUGACAAUGUUCUUUAGCACCAUCCUCUUCCUCUUCAUUUUUUCUCACAUCUACAAUCUCUGUCUCCUUAUAGCAGGCAGCAUGAGGGCAUACAUUAUAACAGACUUCAUGGGCAUCAGAAAUGAAAGUUUUAUGAAGGUAGCAGCAGUGGGGACCUGGAUGGGAGACUUUGUCACAGCUUGGAUGGUUACAGAUAUGAUGCUUCAAGACAAACCUUAUCCUGAAUGGGGAAAGUCUGCCAGAGCUUUCUGGAAAAGGGGGAAUACCAGGAUCAUUUUAUUCUGGACUGUUCUGUUUACUUUGACCUCGGUGGUUGUGCUUGUCAUCACAACUGACUGGAUCAGCUGGGACAAGCUCAAUCGUGGAUUCCUGCCAAGCGAUGAAGUUUCCAGGGCCUUUUUGGCUUCCUUCAUCUUAGUCUUUGACCUUCUUAUUGUCAUGCAGGAUUGGCAGUUUCCACAUUUCAUGGGCGAUGUUGAUGUAAAUCUUCCUGGCUUGCCAGCUGCACAUUUUCAGUUUAGACUCCCUUAUUUCAAAAAGAUUUUUAAGGAUGAGUAUCACAUACAUAUAACAGGUAAAUGGUUCAACUAUGGAAUCAUAUUCCUUGUUUUAAUCUUGGAUCUUAAUAUGUGGAAGAAUCAAAUUUUUUAUAAGCCACAUGAAUAUGGUCAGUAUAUUGGCCCUGGAGAAAAGAUCUACACCGUGGAAGACCCAGAAAGCUUAAAGGACCUCAAUCGAACCAAACUAUCUUGGGAAUGGCGUUCAAACAACACUAAUCCACUGACCAACAGAACUUAUGCUGAAGGAGACAUGUUUCUGCAUAGCCGAUACAUUGGGACAAGCUUAAAUGUCAAAUGCCUGGCCUUCAUUCCAAGUUUACUAGCUUUUGCAUUGUUUGGUUUCUUUAUCUGGUUCUUUGGACGAUUUCAGAAAACGGAUCAAGGCAUGGAGAAUCUUGACAAAUCAUACACGCGUAUGAAAAGGAAAUCACCAUCGGAUGUGGGAAUGACCCGCGAGAACACACAGGUCUUAGCAGAGGAGCCUUCAAAUUUUGAUGAUCCACAUUUGAUAUCCAUCAAGUCAGACUUGAGUGAGAUUGUCUUUAACUCUUCCCUACUGACAUCUGAAAACCUGAAUUUGCACUUAAGUGAGCAACCAAGUCCUCUUCAACCAAGAAGAGAGCCGUCUAUAUCUAAGGAUCAUCCUUUAACCUAAUACGGCUCUCCUAAAAAUUAAAACAAGCAAUUAUUGUGUUAUUACUUUGUAACUUGUUUUGUAAGUGACUGUUUUCAUAGUUUUUAGAAUGAGAGAUAUACCUAUAUCACAAAGGUGCUCAACAUGCAUUUUUCCCUUAUGGCUUUGUUUUCUAUUUGUAUUAUAAUGACUUGUGCCUACUGUAUUAUAUCAAACAUUCCUUUAUGGAUUGCUUCUGAAAAUUUUUUUGCAAGAGUGUGUUACAUGACUACUUGCAAGUAUAAAAUUCUUCUUUGGUGGUGCCUUGAAAUAUUAACAGUCUUUCUAACAUAAUGGUAUAAGUCCUAUCUAGUGUGAGCAGAGUGUGCUAGAUAAAUGGGAAAUUUUCCUGUCUCCCCUUUCUGCUGUGUUCUCUCCCAUAGUCCCCCACCCACCCCAGAUUCAGUGGACUUCAAUAUAAAUGUGGGUGCAAAGCAGGAGGGAGGAAUUGUUGAAAUCUGUCCUCUGUUCUUCUGCAGGCAGAAGUUCCUUCUGCCAUGUGGAAAGGAGAUUAGAUUCAAGGCUUAGAAAAAUGUUGAAGUUGUCCUUUUCAACUAAUUUGUAAAAGCAGCGUUUUAGAGUGAUUUUGAAAUUGGGAGUUAAAGUAUGGCCUUCAGGCUGCAUUGAGUUCCUGUAAGAUUCACAGAAGAUCUCCUUCCUGCACCCAUCCUAGAGACUGGGUUACAGACAAUUUUUGCCAGCCAGGUAGACUCACUUGGAAGAUGUGCUAUGGCCUGUGACAGCCUGUCAACUUUAGAUUUACAGUUGCUGCCUAAGCAGAGUUACUGUUUUUUAAAUCUAUUGGAGACUUAGAAGGGGACAACUCUGUUUAAGGUGGCACUGUUAGAAUCUUCCUGAAUGGAUAGUCAUUGACAUCAAUUUUUUGUGUGUAAGGGUAUGUUUGUGUGGAAAAGUUUCCAAUAAGGAUUGGCAGUGAAAGUCUGAUUUUGAUAUGUUGACUUGUAGUCAGUGACUUCAAAGGAGCUCGGUGAUUACCUUUUUAAUUUUGCUGGCUGUCUGCCAGACACAUGCAUCACAGAUUCAUAACAGUAAGCUGAGAGCAAUAAUGUGGCAUGGUUCACUACUUAGCAACAUGUGACUUUCUACACCAGAUAAUUGCAAUUAGGUGAUAAUGCCUAAUUAUGUUUUUCAUAAUUAGAGAUAAAUUGCUACUUAAUGAAAAAUCUCACCCUUCACCUUCUUAGGAUCAAAAGGUUAAAACUGUAGAAUUUUAAGAAAGAGCUGGACUAUCAACUGAAACCUAUGCAAUGCCAAAGAACAAUAUUGGGGAUGCAUUUGAGGAUAAUAGAGUCCAUCAUCUGCAGAGUUUAAGGUUUUUUUUGUAAAUAUGGAUAAACUAUAUCCAAACAGAGACCUGUGCAAUGCCACUGGGGAAACAGACUCUGGCAACAGGUUCAUGGGUGAGAGUGAAUGCAUGAACUAGAUUAAUGAGUUCUGUGUUGUUUUGUUACUUUGAAAAAUUGAACACUGUGUUCACUAAUAAAAAAGAAAAUCCAGGAAAAAAAAA